AUGUCGGGCUCCCGGUCAGUCACGCCUCGUCAAUAUUCACACUGGCACCGUAUACUGACAUUUGAUCAACUCCACACGGCCAGGUUGGACCGAUUAAUCCAAUUGUUCGAGACGGGCUCGACCGCCUCGGUGCGACUGACGGCGGCUCGUCAACUGGGGCAGAUCGCCGGCACCCGCGUCGCACACCCUUCUGUCAAGGCCGAGAGCGAUUUGAGCAACCCACUCGGGGGAGGAGAAGAAGCUUCAUUGUGGAAGGGAGUCGAUGGCGAGUGGGACGAGGUGAUACAGCUCGUUGCGAGGGUCAGUCCUUCGGGUCUCAGGCGUUCGACGCCCCACACGGACACCGCCUUGCGCUUGGGUGGGUCAGUGAGGGAGAGCUCUGAGCUGACAGAAUGGGCGAACAACACUAUGCUCGUUCUUAAAGAUCCUUCCUCAUUUGCAGUCACGCUCGUCCGAAACGCGACAAGCUGCCGCUGCCGCACUAGGCUUCAUUUCGAAGGCGGUUGGAAUAUGGGAUCCCACCUCGACCGCUGCACCCCCUUCGACCCCGCUCAACGACAAUGUUUACGCCGAUCUAUCCGAAGGGCUCUCCCUGGAUCAAUUCGAUGUCAUGAAGGUCCUGUCGGAAGGCUCGCUGCUCCUUUCGAGUUCGGGUAACGAGUAUGGCAAUCUCUCGCAUUUGUCGGCCGAAGAACUCGCAAAGGCCCAACGAGAAGCCAUGACGAACCUCGGAUUGGGGAUGAGUGGGCCAAUGGAGCAAGAUUUGGGUGUCGACGUUUCGGCCGAGCUAGCCGCUGGUGUGGAAACCGCUUCAAACAAUCCGCUCAAGGCCACCGAAGUUCCAACCACGACUGCUCGAACGAUUCUGCCCCUACCCAGAUUCAAGAACGAAGGGGCUGCCUCGGUCAAGACCCUUUCGGUUUUUACCUCCGAUGUCCCUGUCACCAGCACAUCCAAGCUACCAAUCGGUGCAGAGGCGUCAAGAUCAUCUGCGAUCAGUGCACCCAUCGCAUCGGCGUCGAACGACGCCGCAGCCACUGACUCCAUGCGAGUGGUAGCGACACCGCCAGAGACUGAAGACGAAUUUGCCGGUCUGUCUGCUCGAGAACGGAACAAGCUCAAGCGCAAGCGCAAGACGGAAGCCAAGUCAACCCCGAACGGCGGGGCGGGGGCCUUAUCCGCUGCCUCACUCGCCGCACCCCCGGCCAAGAUCCGAGCCGUGGAUGCGGGGAACGGCACUCCAGCGACCUCUGCGUCCCAAAGCAACGUCAAAAGCGAAGCCGUCGUGAUCGAUCCCCAGGCAAGGGCUAGGGAGAGGGAACUCGAGAAGCAACGCCAGGGUGGUGAAGUCAUGGUCGACGCCGAGGCGCAGAACCGGGCCGAGAUGGAGGUCAAAGCUGGCGAGUGGCCAUGGAGAGGAACGGUCGAGCGCCUCACAGUAGCUCUGCUAUCGCCAAAUUGGGAAACGAGACACGGUGCCGCUCUGGGGUUGAAGGAAGUACUCAAGCUGCAAGGCCGUUGCGGUGGACAGAUUGGUAAGGGCGCUUUUCGGAGAUUCGAUUAGGCAUGCCAAAGCUGACUCGACUCGGUCCCUUUCACAGCGGGUCAGACUGUCGCCGCGAACCAGGAACGACAUCGACGCUGGUCCGAAGAUGUCGCUGCAAAGCUGCUUUGUGUAUUUGCGCUCGAUCGCUUCGGCGACUACAACGCAGAUCACGUGGUUGCACCUGUCAGAGAAACGGCGGCGCAGGCGCUCGCGACUCUGCUGCCCUGCAUGGCAGUGAGUUCGGUCGUCCUCGUCCAACGCUUGCUCAUUGCGAUGAUCGAUCAGGACGGUGCGCCGCCUUCCCGCGCUUUGUCCGACAAGCGAGACGCGGACGUCGCCCCAGAGCCGAAUGCAGGACGUCGAGUCAACUACGCAUGGCAGGUUCGGCAUUCCGGACUGCUGGGCCUCAAGUAUCUCGUGACUGUCAAAGGCGACAUGCUUCGCACCAAAGCCGAGCCAGCCAAGGUCAUGAAGCCCGAGGCCAGUAUUGAUGGUUCUCAACCGACUGCAACGGCGCUCCUGAAGGAGGUCAUAGACGCAGCCCUCCUAGGCCUGAGAGAUGGGGACGAUGAUGUGCGAUCGGCGGCAGCAGCAACCCUCGUAUCGGUCGCCGAUGCACUCGUCGCGAGCUUUCCCGUCGAGCUCGCAACGGUCGUCGAGGUCUUGUGGGAAUGCCUCGGCGAUCUCAAAGACGACUUGUCAAGCUCGAUCGGCGGCGUCAUGAACCUGCUCGCCAUUUUGCUCCGCUACCCUUCCGUGCUCGCGCUCGUGACCGCUGGUCGUCCUUUGGCACACCUAGUGCCUCGACUCUAUCCCUUUUUCCGACACACGAUCACAUCGGUUCGUGUCGCCGUCCUCAACACCAUCCUCGUCUUUCUUCAGCUGCCUUCCAGUGAUCUGAGCUGGGCUGACGAUCGACUCUUGCGACUACUAUUCCAAAACCUCAUCGUCGAGAACAAAGCCGAAAUUCGCGCGUCGUCGGCUCAGGCGUGGCAAGUCUUGCUUUCGGCGCUUCCGUCCAGAAUCGCUUGCCUUGCCUCAUCUCACAUCGCUACAUGGUUCGCACUGGUCUCGACCCCAGUAGGGACGCCACUCAACACGGCGUUCUUCUGGUCGGCCAAGACAAGCUUGAGCGGCACCGGCGGCUACGUCUACAACGUCGACAGACCGAUGAUCUCGCAAGACUUGGCGCUCGUCUCGAUCGAGGGAGUUACUAGAGCACGUCUUGCUGGUGCAAUCGCACUAGGACAGCUCAUCGCUUCAUGGCCAUUCGGCACUCACGAUUCGACUUUUUCUGAUGAGCUGACGACGCGGCUGAACUCUACCUCCGCCUUUGAACGCUUCCUGGGCGCGACCAUCAUCGAGGAGUGGGGCGCAGCGGCUGCGCCCAAGCUCGAAAAACCCUUGACCCAAUGCUCGACACUGGCGUCUCGACUGGUGCCCGCCCUUCACUCCGCUGUUGCCGCCGAUCCGCCCGAGUCGUACUCGGAGCUAGACUCGAUUCUUGUUCAGCUCAACUCUGAUUGCUUGGCCUUGUACGCCGCGUUCUCGGCACAGGGUAAGAUCACCAAAGAUAAAAUCCCGCGGGUCCCCAAACCAUUCCGCAUCGUUCACGCUCGCCAGAUCGAUAGCUCGUACCAGCCUCUGGUCGGCUUCGUUUCCAAAGGCGCGGCGCGGACGGCACUUCCACAGUUGGAAGAGAAGCACGGCAAGAUCAAGAGUGGUAUCAGUCAAUGGGAAGCUGGAAAAGCGAGUCGAGAUCGACAGGUCUCAGCGGCCAUCGCAGGAGCGAUCGUGGCGUUGCGCGUCAUUCCCGCCAAGCUCACACCUCUCGUACGAAGCCUCAACAAUGCCGUCAAGCUCGAAGAGGAUCCCGAGGUCCAGGCUCGAUCUGCCUGCGCGAUCGCCGCGUUCAUCGACCUGUGUUCUGCUCCUGGAUCAACUAUUAAAGCGAAUCCCUCUGAUAAGAUCGUCAAGAACCUCUGCACUUUCUUGUGCCAGGACAAGACGCGCACGCCCAUCUUUGCCGACGAAAUGAACGCCGCGCAAGGUAUCUUGACCCUCAAGUACAAACCUGCUCGAGGCGAGGCCGUCAAGGAGCUCAAGGAGAAGGAGGUCGAAUCGGCUGAGGUUGCCACCGCUCGCGUCACAUUUCGUGGUGCGCAGUUGGCUUUGGCCCAGCUCUCGAUCCGGUUUGGGGAUGAUUUACUGGAGCGGGUGCCGAGGCUGUGGAGCGGAAUGUCCGAAGGAUUACUUGCGGCGUUUGCUUCUGGUAUGUCUGAAGUCUGAAUGGUGGAAAGCGUUGGCUAUCUGUGAGCUCAUCAUAUCGUGAGUCUGCCAACAGGCGACGUCAAUCAAGCCGAUCAGCUGCUAGCGACAAGCGCAGAUGCCGGCCAAAGCCUUCUCGAUUGCUUGACGGUCCUCCCCAUAGGCGCCAAGCAACUGAACGGAAACCUACGCGGUCGCCUGGUCGAGCUAUUGCCUUCUCUGACCCUAGCGAUCCGGAGCAAGUUCGCCGUCGUACGGUAUGCAGCAAGCAAGUGCUUUGCUGCAAUGUGUGACAUCAUCUCCGUCGAAGGGAUGAAACACGUCGUCGAGGGUGUCGUGCCCGUCAUUGGGGACCCGGUCAACGUGCAACACCGACGGGGAGCGGUCGAGCUCGUCUCCCACCUCGUCGACCUUCUCGAUAUCAAGAUCCUACCCUACGUCAUCUUUUUAAUCGUGCCUAUCCUGGGUCGGAUGAGUGAUCCAGACGACGAUACUCGUCUCGUCGCAACCAAUACCUUUGCCUCGCUGAUCAAACUCGUACCACUGGAAGCCGGCCUGCCAGAUCCUCCCGGCUUCUCUAGCGAUCUGCUCGAGAAGCGUCAAGCAGAGCGCGACUUUCUUGUCCAACUUCUCGACGGUCAAAAGGUGGCCGAGUACAAGAUUCCGAUCCCAAUCGGCAUCGAACUGCGCACAUAUCAGCGAGACGGUGUCAGUUGGCUGGCCUUUCUCGCCAAGUACCAGCUCCACGGGCUCCUUUGUGACGACAUGGGCCUCGGCAAGACCUUGCAGUCGAUCUGCAUACUCGGGAGCAUGCAUCAUGAGCGUGCUGAGCGGCACAAGAAGACCGGGUCGCCCGAUACGGUUCAUCUUCCCUCGCUCGUGAUUUGCCCCCCGACUCUGACGGGUCAUUGGCAACAAGAGAUCAAGACGUACGCCCCUUUCCUACGCUGUGUCACCUUUAUUGGGCCGAGAGCGUUCCGCGACUCGAUCAGCAAGACUCUGGGGUCGUAUGACGUGGUCAUCACAUCCUACGAAGUGACACGGAACGAGAUCGAGACGCUUUCCAAGCAAGAUUGGCACUACUGCAUUCUCGAUGAAGGCCACAUCAUCAAAAACGCCAAAACCAAGCUCACUAGGUCGGUCAAGAUGCUACGAGCGAUCCAUCGCUUGAUACUUUCCGGAACGCCUAUCCAGAACAACGUACUCGAGCUGUGGAGUCUGUUCGACUUCCUCAUGCCGGGUUUCCUUGGGUCCGAAAAGUCUUUCAACGACCGAUUUGGCAAGCCCAUCGCAGCGAGUCGAGAUGCCAAGAGCUCGUCCAAGGAGCAAGAGCAAGGCGCACUCGCGCUCGAGGCGCUACACAAGCAGGUCCUGCCGUUCCUCCUGCGACGCCUGAAAGAGGACGUCCUGGACGACCUGCCGCCCAAGAUCAUCCAGGACUACUACGUCGAGCUAUCGCCACUGCAAAAGGACCUUUACGACGACUUUUCCAAGUCACAGGGUCAGCAGCUCCUUGACGGUGGCGAUGACUCUGGAUCAGGCGAAGGAGGUAAACCGCAACACGUCUUCCAGGCUUUGCAGUACCUUCGCAAGCUCGUCAACCACCCCUCGCUCAUCUUCAAUCCCGAGUCGUCUCGGCACCAACAAGCCCUCGAGAAGACCGGAUUUCCCUUGAUUCGAGACGUGGUCCACGCCCCCAAACUCCAUGCUUUGCGCCAAAUCUUACUCGACUGCGGCAUCGGCACGCCGACGAUCAAGUCGGAAGCCGAGGACGAAGCCGUUUCGCAGCACCGCGUGCUCAUCUUUUGCCAGCUCAAACAGAUGCUCGAUAUCGUCGAACGCGAUUUGUUCCGAGCGUUGAUGCCGAGUGUGGCGUACAUGCGCCUCGACGGUUCCACGGACGUCUCGAAGAGACACGCCGUCGUGCAGACGUUCAACGCGGACCCUUCAAUCGACUGCUUGCUGCUGACGACUCACGUUGGUGGUCUUGGCCUCAAUUUGACGGGAGCGGAUACGGUCAUCUUUGUCGAGCACGAUUGGAACCCAAUGAAGGAUCUGCAGGCAAUGGAUCGUGCCCAUCGAUUGGGUCAGAAGAAGGUCGUGAAUGUAUAUCGGCUCAUCAUGCGUGGAACUCUGGAGGAAAAGAUCAUGGGGUCAGUACGGAUAGUGCUUAUGCAGGGGUUACCGUGAUGUAUCGGCUGACGGUAGAGUCUUUUGCCACAGUCUGCAAAAGUUCAAACUCAACAUCGCGUCGUCGGUCGUGACGCAACAAAACUCGGAUCUAUCGACGCUGGGCACCGAGGGCAUUCUGGACUUGUUCCAGGUUACUCCCGAGGGUGCGGCAGGACCCAAAAUUGACCCGAACAAGCCAACGAGUCAGAAAGCCAUCUUGGCCGAAUUGGGUGAUCUGCCGACCGAGGAUGAAUGUGAGCUUUUCGGAUUCCGGAGUUGGCUUUCGCCCGACCAUGCUGACAUGGUGUCCGCACGCUGUUGAUCCUCGGGCAGACGGCGAUCUCGAUUUCUCCCAGUUUACGAACUCCCGCGCGUGA